UUUGGAUAAAAGCGUCUGCUAAAUGACUAAAUGUAAAUGUAAAGCUCGUACUUAAUACAAAUUCAUUAUUCUGGUAUACUAUACGAUAAUAUUAUGUAAUAUACGCAUCCUCAUUUCCAGGCACGUUUCAGAUACUGUAGGUGCUGUCUCUUUAAGAAACACAGUGGGUAUUGGGGUAGCUAGUAAAGAGGCGAAUCAGAUAUGGCGGAAAGUAAGUGUACUACCUCGGCUCCGUCCUCAGCAAGCACAAUCUCGCUGGGUCGAGCCCUGUCCCACAGCAGGUUAAAUCAACUUGAUCAGUCCGAUGUGUUUCAGUCACAGACGUCUCUUAGCCGGGGCACCAUGGGACAGGGUCGAAGGAGGAGGAAAUCGAGCACCCCCAGUAUAGAGUCUCUGGAUAUUAGUCCCAGUUCUGAAGCAAGGGUUUUGGUCAUAAACACCGGCGGAACCAUCGGAAUGACCUACCACAAUAACGUGCUGUCUCCAGAACCAAGCGCUCUAGUCAAAACUUUACGAAAGCUUCCCAAUCUGCACGAUGAGCAGUAUGCACAACAAACCAGACUGUAUGACUACUACGAGCCUCCCGAGAACACACUGGUGCUGCCAUGGUCCAAACAGAAUAAGAGGAUCGUGUAUACGGUUUUAGAGUACUCUCCUCUGCUGGACUCCUGCAAUAUGACCACUGAUGAUUGGGCUACUAUUGGAAAAGACAUUGAGAAACACUACGAGAAAUACGAUGGCUUUGUUGUCCUGCACGGUACAGACACCAUGGCAUACACAGCUUCUGCUUUGUCGUUCAUGUGUGAGAACCUGGGAAAGCCUGUCAUCCUCACUGGCUCACAGGUGCCUAUUUAUGAAAUGAGAAACGAUGGUAGGGACAACCUCUUGGGGGCGCUGUUGAUAGCAGGACAGUUUGUCAUUCCGGAGGUUUGCCUCUACUUUCAUCAUAAACUUUACAGAGGUAACCGUGUCACCAAAGUGGAUGCUGGAAGCUUUAACGCGUUUAGCUCACCAAACCUGCCGCCAUUGGCCAAUGCUGAAGUUGACAUCAAAAUUAACUGGGAUACUGUAUGGCGAGCCAACACAACAACUAAAUUCACCGUCAGCACAGAGAUGAAUCGUAACGUGGGUCUCCUACGUAUUUUCCCGGGAAUCACUGCUGAAACAGUCAGGGCCUUCUUACAGCCUCCUAUGGAGGGAAUAGUCCUGGAAACGUACGGCAGUGGUAAUGCUCCUGACAACCGUGCAGACCUGCUGGAGGAGAUCCGUAAAGCCACCGAAAGAGAACUUAUUAUGGUGAACUGCACCCAGUGUCUAAGGGGCUCCGUCACAACCUCGUACGCCACUGGCAAGGCUCUGAGUGAUGCGGGUUUGGUCGCUGGGUGUGAUAUGACCCCAGAAGCUGCUCUUUCAAAACUUUCCUAUGUGCUGGCAAGAAAAGAUCUCAGCACGCUAGAAAAAAAGAAGAUGCUGAGCCGCAAUCUGCGUGGUGAGAUGAUAACUGACCUGGAUGGGGCAAAGCUUUCUCUCAGCGACAGUCGCUUUAUUCAAGUUAUUGCCAAGUCCCUCAGCAUUAGCUGUAAAGAGGAGCUUGAAGCCGUCCGGGAUGCCCUAACACCCACAUUGGCCUGCGCUGCUGCUAAGAUUGGAGACAUCGAGGCGUUAGAGGCCAUAAAAGAAAUGGGCACUGACUUGAGCAUGGGCGAUUAUGAUGGCCGUACCCCUCUUCACGUCGCCGCAUGUGAAGGGCAUCUGAAAGUGGUGCAGUAUCUUUUGGGUCAGGGGGCUACCGUCUACGCCAAAGAUCGCUAUGGUGAUUCACCCCUCAGCAAUGCUGUUCGCUUCAGGCAUAAGGACGUGGUGAAACUGCUUAGGAAGACUGGAGCUCACUUCUCCCGUGAGGAAAUGGAGGAGGCUGGCACCAAGAUGUGCAGUCUUGCAUCCAGUGGAGACUUGGAGGGAUUGGAACUUUGGCACUUAGGGGGAGUUGAUUUAACCAUGUCCAGUUAUGAUGGACAGACACCUAUUGAUGUGGCGAAAGCCUCUGGGCUUGAGGAGGUGGUUGAUUUCCUACUACAGGCUGCUCAGUAUCGAACUCAGAUUUCACAGAAACCUAAUACCGUGUCUACAUUGGACCCCUUAAUGAACAUUACAUCCAAAAAGGAAGAUUUUGUAUACUUUUGGGAAUAGUUUUGUCCCCAAUGUACAGAAUGGCGAGUUUAUGGAGUUCACUACUGCUACAACAAGAUCCUAAGGAGGCCGUCCUGCUAGCUGUCACUUUCUGUCAUUAUCAUUUCUGACAUUUCUUAUAUUAAGGUUUUCUUAUUUAAUCUUAAUCUAAGAUACAAAAAAGCAAAAAUCAUGCUAUGUUUUAAUCCAUCCAUUUUUUGAAGAGCCUCACUGUCAGACCUCAGAUUUGAAUGUAUUGUGAUGUUAAUAGUGAAUCAUAAAUGUAUUUCUGUGCGAUCACAUUUUGUCAGGGAACUUUACAGUACUGGACACUGUAAACUAUAGAAAGUAUUGAUGUAUUUUCUAAAACCAGAAUGAGUGUGGAUUUAGAGAAUGUACAAAUGUCUAAAAAGUGCUCAAUGUUCCCAGAUUUUUCCCCUCAAGUCAUAAACAUUACCCUAACAUCA